GGCUCAUAAAGCAAGAGAAACCUCAUACAUGUUCCCCAACCAUGAUGGCAACCAUAGCCCGAGAUGAAUCCGACUAUGACAGCAGCUGUUCUUCCAUUACGGUGCCGGACUCCAGCCGGAGCUGGAUGAGCAACCUCAGCUUUGGCAGCCGGAGCUCCAUCUCCGUUUGCUCCUACGGCGACAACUACUUCUCUAACUGUCACAAGCCUCACAAGGCCAACCAAGCCGCAUGGGAAGCCAUGAAGAGGCUCAGAACCGACAAAGGCCGAGUCAGCUUAGAUCACUUCCGCCUCCUUCGCCGGCUCGGCAGCGGCGACAUCGGAAACGUCUACCUCUGCCAGAUCCGGAACCCGGUUGUGGGGUUGCCACAGUGCUUCUAUGCCAUGAAAGUUGUGGACAGAGAAGCACUUGCCAUAAGGAAGAAGCUACAAAGAGCAGAGAUGGAGAAAGAGAUUUUGGGUAUGCUUGAUCACCCAUUUCUACCUACUCUGUAUGCUGAGUUUGAUGCUUCUCACUACUCUUGCUUGGUUAUGGAGUUUUGUCCCGGCGGUGACUUGCAUGCCACCCGCCAACGCCAACCCACGAAGCGAUUUAGCAUUUCUUCAGCUAAGUUUUAUGCUGCUGAGACACUCUUAGCCCUAGAGUAUCUUCACAUGAUGGGUGUUGUUUAUAGAGACCUUAAGCCAGAAAAUGUGCUCGUUAGAGAAGAUGGUCACAUCAUGCUCUCAGAUUUCGAUCUCUCUCUCAAAUGCGACUUCGUCCCGGAGCUUGUUAGGAGGCCUAAACCUAACCCGGAGGCUAGCACUGAUUGUAAGAGCACAAAGGACUCAACACCCUCUUGUGCAAUUCCAAUGCAGCCUGUGCUCUCUUGUUUCUCAGCUUAUUCCAACAAGAAAAAGAACAAAGCCAAGGCCGUCACAACAAUCACAACGCAUGUUGAUCAUCAUCAGGUUCAAGAAUAUGAUCCAGAACUGGUGACUGAACCGAUCAACGCUCGAUCCAAGUCCUUCGUGGGGACCCACGAGUACUUGGCGCCGGAGGUGAUAUCGGGGCAAGGCCAUGGAAGUGCAGUGGACUGGUGGACAUUUGGGGUGUUGUUGUAUGAGCUUUUGUAUGGUAAGACACCUUUCAAAGGAGAGAACAAUGAGAAGACUCUCAUUAACAUCUUAAAGCAGCCACUGGUGUUCCCAAGAAUAGGAGUUAGUAGUAGCAAAGAGUAUGAAGAGAUGGUGAAAGUUCAAGACCUUAUAAGCAAGUUAUUAGUGAAGAAUCCAAAGAAGAGAAUUGGAAGCUUGAAGGGUUCUGUGGAGAUCAAGAGGCAUGAGUUCUUCAAGGGUGUGAAUUGGGCUCUGAUUAGGUCCGUUAGGCCACCUGAGGUCCCUAAUGAUGUUCUUCACAAGACAAGGAGUAGAGCCAUCUUGCCAAAGUUGAGCAAGAAAGAAAGAGAUGCACCAUUUCAGAUCCCUCAUCAUUUUGACUACUUUUAGCUAUAGAUAUAUAAAAUAGAUAUAAACAGGACAGCAAUUAAGCACAUAUCAUGUAUGACAUGACCCAGAAGAGAAAAAAAGAAAAGAAAAAAAAGGAGCUGUUUUUCUCUGUUUUUCCUAGCUAGCUAAUCAUAAAGAUUUGGAUAAUGUAUGAAACUAUGAGCAGGUUAAUUGCCAAGAAUAUUGUUUACACGGUUUAUUUUAUUGUGAG